UUGGCAGUUUGCUCCCAGUUCUCCAAAGGUGUGUAUGCCAUCAUCGGCCUGUAUGACAGGAAGACAGUCAACAUGCUCAUGUCCUUCUGCGGAGCGCUGCAUGUCUGCUUCGUCACGCCGUCCUUCCCCAUCGAGACGGCCAACCAGUUUGUCAUCCAGCUGAGGCCCGAGCUCCAGGACGCUCUGGUGGGAGUGAUCGACCACUACGGAUGGAACAAGUUUGUCUAUAUGUACAGUUCUGACUCAGGCCUGUCAGUGCUGCAGAAGGUUCUGGACACAGCAGCGGAGAGGAACUGGUUGGUGACCUCGGUCAAUGUGGAGACCAUGACGGAGGCCUCUUUCUUGAAAGUGUUCCAGGAUUUGGACAAGAGGAAGGAGGGCCAGAUUAUCAUCGAUUGUGAGACCGAGAGGCUCACUGGCAUCCUUAAAAAGAUUGUCGAGCAAGGCAAGAAUGCAAAGAGCUACCACUACAUUCUGGCUAACCUGGGCUUCCUGGACAUCGACCUGACAGACCUGAGGAAAGGUGGGGCGAACAUCACCGGCUUCCAGCUCGUCAACAACUCUGAGCCGGCCGUCAGCCGCGUCGUCCAGCAGUGGAUGGAGUUUGACAACAAAGACUCCAAAGUGCCCAAGAGUGGACUUAAAGUACUACUAGUCUUAACAUAUGACGGGGUAAAAGUCAUGUCCACGGCCUUCCAGAAUUUAAGGAGACAGAGGAUAGACAUCUCUCGAAGGGGCAACGCUGGAGAGUGUCUCGCCAACCCACCAGCUCCCUGGGGACAGGGCAUAGACAUCCAGAGAGCCUUGCAGCAGGUCCGUAUAGAUGGAUUGACUGGUCACAUUCAGUUCAAUGAGAAAGGCCGCAGAACCAACUACACUGUUAGCGUCAUGGAACUGGCCCCCUCUGGACCAAAGAAGGUUGGCUACUGGAAUGAAGAUGAAAAGUACGUGACUACCGCCAGCUUAGUUAGAGGCAGCAACGAGACUGGCGUCCUGCAGAACAGAACUUACAUAGUCACCACUAUCUUGGAGUCUCCAUAUGUGAUGCUAAAGAAGAACCACGAGCAGCUUGCAGGAAAUGACAAGUAUGAGGGCUACAUUGUCGAGCUGGCUGCAGAAAUAGCCAAACAUGUGGGCUACCAGUACAAACUGAAGGUUGUUUCAGAUGGCAAAUAUGGAGCCAGAGAUCCAGAAACCAAGAUGUGGAACGGCAUGGUGGGGGAACUGGUUUAUGGGAAAGCAGAUGUGGCUGUGGCUCCUCUGACCAUCACCCUGGUCCGUGAAGAAGUGAUUGACUUCUCCAAGCCCUUCAUGUCCCUUGGUAUCUCCAUUAUGAUCAAGAAACCCACCAAAUCCAAACCUGGCGUGUUUUCAUUCCUGGACCCGCUGGCUUACGAGAUCUGGAUGUGCAUUGUGUUUGCCUACAUUGGCGUCAGUGUCGUCCUGUUCCUUGUCAGUCGAUUCAGCCCGUAUGAGUGGCACGCUGAGGACUACGAGGAGGCCGGUGAGCCGCAGUCUCCCAACCAAGCAUCAGCCUCUAACGGGGCAAUGCAGCAGGGCCAGACACCAACACAACAGAACACCAACCAGCAGAGUCCUGAGCAAACCAAUGAGUUUGGCAUUUUCAACUCCCUUUGGUUCUCACUGGGGGCCUUCAUGCAGCAGGGCUGCGAUAUCUCACCACGCUCUCUGUCUGGCCGGAUUGUUGGAGGUGUCUGGUGGUUCUUCACCCUCAUCAUCAUCUCAUCCUAUACUGCCAACUUGGCUGCCUUCCUGACAGUGGAGAGGAUGGUGUCACCUAUAGAGAGUGCUGAGGAUUUGGCCAAGCAGACGGAGAUCGCCUAUGGAACACUGGAUGCUGGCUCCACCAAAGAAUUCUUCAGGAGGUCAAAGAUCGCCGUGUUUGAGAAGAUGUGGUCCUACAUGAAGGCAGCCGACCCGUCCGUGUUUGUCAAGACCACAGACGAGGGCGUAAUGAGAGUCAGGAAGUCCAAGGGCAAGUAUGCCUACCUGUUGGAGUCCACAAUGAACGAGUACAUAGAGCAGAGGAAACCGUGCGAUACUAUGAAGGUGGGAGGAAACCUGGACUCUAAAGGUUAUGGCAUCGCCACACCCAAGGGCUCCGCUCUCAGAAACCCAGUAAACCUGGCAGUGUUAAAACUGAACGAGCAGGGCCUCUUGGACAAAUUGAAAAACAAGUGGUGGUACGACAAGGGAGAGUGCGGCAGCGGGGGCGGGGACUCCAAGGACAAGACGAGCGCUCUGAGCCUCAGCAAUGUGGCGGGGGUCUUCUACAUCCUGAUCGGCGGCCUAGGCCUGGCCAUGCUGGUGGCGCUGGUGGAGUUCUGCUACAAGUCCCGGACCGAGUCGCAGCGAAUGAAGCAAUCCAUCAACGACGCCAUGCGCUGCUCCACCCUGACCAGGAUGAGUGGCAACGGGAGCGGCGGAGAGAACGGACGAAUCCUCGCCCACGACUUCCCCAAGACCGUUCAGACGCUGCCCUGUAUGAGCCACACCGCCAGCAUGGGACUAGGUGCCUCCGGCAUGUGAUCAUCACGUGACUGGCGGAGAGGAAUAGGCAGGGUGGGGCAGAAGAAGAGUACAAGACUCUAAUGGCCUCAAUAAGCAUGGCUGUCUGGUUUGGCCCAUCUGUCCUACUGGCUGUCAACACGCCCAACUUAAACAAGACUUAACCUACUGCCAAAAUGCACUCUCGAACCACUCCUUGCAAACUACAAACAGAGACUCACAAUUUGUUUUUUUAAAUAAGUGGAUGUUUGAAAAAGAGAUAUGGAAAAAAAGAAGGGAAAUGUGCUGCAAUAAAGAAGCCGUCAACAGGCGUGUUUUUGAAUUUUUUACGGUGUUCAUUUGUGUGGGGAAAAAAAUAACUUUAUUCUUCAGUGUGACGCCUGCGCUGUGCCAUUUCGAUGGAGCUGUUGACGUUAGUCUGCGUGUGCAAUAUCUUCACCUCCACUGCUGACCGUGUACUACCUAGAUGCUUUCUGAUGGCUGAUGGAACAUGUCUUUGCACAGACGAGGCAGAGGAGAACAAACACUUGUGACUGCUACAAUGAUUUGAUAUUGUUUUGGGACAUUCCCGCUCUCUUUCAUGCUCACAUUUACACACCAUUUUUGAAGGACAAAGUGCUGUGUGUAGCAUAGCCACUUUUUAUGAAAUAGUAUAUGGUUUACACUGUUGUAAUAGCGCAAAGAGCUUUGUCAAAUGUAGUUAUGAAAGUAAACACUGUUUAAAUUAGCAGUUGACCAGGCUACAACAAACGUGUUGCUGCUACACCUCAUUUAACACAUCAUGCCUUGUCUUUGUGCCAUAAUUACAUAUGCCAUACCAUAAUUCUCACAAAUGCACACAUACACUUGAUGCUACUGGGUAAUUUGUUUGACCGACAGAUAGUUUUACUAUUGAGUGAUAACAAAAACAGAGGGCAGAUUUAGAAACGCUCACUUUGACCUGAAAAAAGGUUAUAGAAUACACUGACACACUGACGUAUUACUCCUGUGGCUAUGUACAGUACUGAGUGACCUUACACUGUAUUCUACUGUUGUGACAUUCAUAGCAUAUCCAUUGUUUUACUAGUGAGACUAUUUGCAGCACACAUUGAAGGACAAAUAUUGACAAAUUCAGAUAUAAUCUGGAGAAAAUAUUCCUCAAACUAUUGUCGAAGCUGUUGCUGCAUGCUUCACUCAUGUACUUUCAGCUGUAUUCAGUUUUAAUGAAAUGGGCAGCACUCUUAAUUUAUUGAAAUCCCCUGCAGAUCGUUCAUGGCCUAUAAAAGGAAAGCCUCCUCUCGCUGUUGCUAGCUGGCUCAGGAAAGAGGCGGGAUGGAAACGCUUGGUGUGAGUGACAGAUUCACAGUCAAGGUUACGGUGGUCACCGCACAGCUCGGCUGGAGAGUUCUCCCUUUUAGAUCAUCAAGGAAACAGAGUGGCGGGCCCUGAGCAGCAGACUGCCUGUGUUUUUGGCGUGUAGGCCUUAAAAGAAAAUUCCACCAGAAAACAUUUCAAUACUCGUAACAAAACAUGGCUAUUUGGUGAUGUGCUGUGCAUUUCUUGGCCCAUUUUAUCGGUUUGGGGUGUAUUUAAUAUCCCCAUGAGUGACUGACCAAUGUUGACAACAACAGGAAACAAAUACGGAUCAUGCUGUGAUUUACAAUGAAAGGACAGAAAAAAAAUAAAGCUGGCGUGAUUAUAUAUAAAUGUUUCUGUUGUCAACAAAUUCCAUGAAAAAACAUGACAGCAUUGUGUUGGUUGCAUUGAGGAUUUAACAAUAUUUGACAGAAAAUGUGAUGACAGUUGUGGGGUGGUUUGCCGAUAUUGUAGGCCACUGUGCAUCACAUUUGAUUAAACGUGCAGUCUUAAUUAAUCUGAUUAGCUUUUAAACUCAUAGUUAAAAACACUGAACACAUUUUCUGGACAUAAACUUAGACUAUAUAUAUGUAAUGUGUUGAGGGGAUUUAAUACCCUGUUGGUGACACUCAGCCUAAGCCCCUUGAUUCCUACAGAAGACGUACUUAUUCAAAACAGCUCAUUAAUAUAUUGUUUCAUUUUAAAAUUAUUUAAAUUAUUUAUUAUACAAGACACUGUAGUUUUUAGCAAAUGUUACUCAAACAGGAUAAAUUGUGCAUUUGUUGGAGACUAUUUUCAGCAGCGGAUUAAUACUCAUUUUGUGCGCUAGUGACUUUAUAUAGCAGCCCGACAGUGUGGGAUUUACUCCAAAUAAACUACAGUGCCCAUGAGGUAAUGAAGGUAAAUGUGAGCCAGUGCAGCACUGUGGCUCAUUGAUACAUUUUAAUAAUUAAUAAUAGCAAAGGAUUAUGUUACAGUAUAUCAGGCUUUGACAGGCAAUACUUGUUUUGUAAGAUCAAUUCAUUGUUGUUUUUUAAUGGGAAAUGUCACCAGCCUUAUCCUUUAAACUCAGCAGUCUUACAGUUGAAAACUGUCAAAGCAGGAAAGAAACCACUCCCGUUUUUUUACAAUGCAUCACAGCCACAGGCUGUGUCAAAGACAAGCAUCUUCUCCUCUUACUUUUAACUUUCCCUCUCUCCACCACUGCAGAAUACAACCAUUUCCAGUACCUGGAUGGUCAGAAAUAAUGUAGAAUAUAGGAAAUCAUUAGCAAAUGAAGCAGGAUGAGGGGAAAAUAACAUAAUUGCAAAAAAUGUAUCACAACAUAAGUCCUGAAAUGCACUGAACAUCGUCAUCAUCAUACAUGGUCAUUAGUCUGACUGUGUCCAAAGGUGUGAUUUUACUUGAAGGUUAAUUGGAAGGUUGUUGCUUGAAUUGGGAUUUUAACGUCUGCAGGAUGCCAGAGGUCAGCUUUAGAUCUUGUCCGGCCCACUCUAGGACACCUCUGGGUUCACAGCAGACACCGAGCGCCUGUACAAAGGCAGCACCCAUCCCCUGCUUCCACAGCUGGUCGUGUAUUAUUUUUCUUCUCGUCUGAGUUCCUGCUUUAAAAAAUCUUAUGUAUGGCUUCUCUCUAUCCCUACAAGCAAAAUGGGCAGUCUGAGUUUACUGAAAUCAUACAUAUCUCCACCUAUUAUGUAUAUAAAAGGCUUUUCUCGUCCCCCAGUGAAAAUGUUUGUUCUCCUCCCAAACAUGCCUCAGUGUACCUGAAUUAGUUACCUACCGCGUGAGUACUUUUCCUUUCUUCUCUCAUUUAUGCGUCUUCUUUUGCUGUUGUUGUAUUAAUUAGAACAUGGCACAGCACUCUUCAGUGGAGGCUUUACCUUCAGAGAGAUGUUUUAUAUGUCAUAACAGAUUUGUAGAAAAAUAAAAAAAAUAUCUAAAAAGACACUCAAUGUUUGUAUUAUAAAGAAGAUAUGGGGUGCUGGGAAAGUGUUAUACACUUUGAAGAGUAUAAAAAAUAAAACACAUGCACACACACACACACACACACACACACUGAUGUUGAAUAAUCUGUAGAUGCUAAUGUUGUUUGAAGCCAGUUUUGAGUUGAUUUCAUUUUAUGUUGUUACAAUUUCAAAAAGGAAUUCCUGUUGGUGUUUUUUAAGUGCUUGAAAUUGAACACCAUUUGAAUAUUUCUUUGUCUUUUUCCUUUUUUACAGUAUUUUACUACUGGAAUCUGAUCACCAGAGUUUGUUCACCAGAAACAUCAUUAUUGUUGUUUUUCCAAACGAGAACAAGGGUGUUACUGAGUUUUAAAAUAAAAACGAUGGUCAAUAAAUGGGUUCGCAGGUUAAAAAAAAAAAAAGAAUACAACUAUUAGGAAUCAGACUUUUGAGAAAUAAACCUUUUUUUCUAACCAAAGUGUCCUGGAUGGAAGUCAUCAUGCUUUUGUAACUGAAUAAAGGAAUAAACUAUG